UCCAUUUCUAAUUUAUUUAGUUUGUCUCGCGUGUGAUCCCUCAAUCUUUACACUUCUGAUAAUUUCUGUAAGAUAGCCUACUACUGGGUCAGUGAUAGAGACAAUCGUGGGAAUACGAAUACGCCCGUGGUGUGUUGGCGUAGUUCAUUCACAAUUGGAGAUUCCUGUUCGUCGCCGUCGUGUGUUCUCGAAUGGAACCUUGUGUAUCACACACACUCACCUACACGCACUCGAAUCAGACCUUACCGCGGUAAGGGCUCACUGUUGUUUCGAACGCAACAAACGUCCAGUUUGUUAGACCGCCAUUGGAAGAUUACGUUGCAGCAUAAGAGAGUUGUUUUUUCAAAUCAAUUGCAGCUGUUUGAAAGGCCAAUAGCAAACAUAUCGCUGUGGUUAGGGUGUGUAGCAGUGGCUAGUGCUUAGGAAACGCACCAAAAAACAGACGUUUUUUCAAUCAGAGUGGCAACGCAACCUGUACCCAAACUACCUUGAUGUGUAUCAAAACGCAUUGGAGUAUAUGAAUGUGUGCGCGUGUGUGUGUGUGCAAAUGAUAGUAUGUACGAGUGUGUGCAGAGGUUUGCGAUGGUCGUUGUGAACUUGUGGUGUUGUCCAAUUGUGCAGGUAGUGAGAAAAAACUAAAAAGUGUGUUGCUGCUCGAUCCGAUCCGGAUCCGGAAAUUCCAUUUUCCAUACCUUGGUACCUCUGGAUGUCGGAGAUCGAAUGAAAAGAUCCCCGCUUGGCCUCGAUUUUCCCCUCGAACAAUUCAGUGUGACGUUUACAUUUCGCUAACGUUGUAAGAAAAGAUGAAACAGAGCGAAACAGUGUGUGCGAGAAAGAAGAGUGAGUACUAUCGCGAUCGCGCUUGAUCGUGUAUCCGAAAACAAAAAGAAAUGAAUUAUAAUCGACCUUUUUGCACUUUAUUGAAAUCGGGCGUAUAAGUUACUGUGAGUUGGGUGUGCAUGUGUACGUUAAAUUAGUUUUGUAACAUAAAAAAACUUAUCUAACCACUUAUGCGGAUCAUAUAUGUUAAACGGUUCAGUUCAAGUGUGUUUUUGUGCGUGCAGUGCGGUGGAAUUCUCGGGUAAAGCGAGAGAGAAAUCAAGUGACCGAUUAAGGAGUGAACGUGACAGAGUAUCCGCAGCAACUCGGAAACAACACUCAUCUCAAAAUGGCGGAUUCAUAUUAUCAGGGCGACUACAUCAAACAUCCUGUACUGUACGAGCUGAGCCACAAGUAUGGCUUGCCGGACAAUGUGUCCGACCAUCUACUACCCGAUCGGCUUGAGGAGAUUAAGGAGGCAAUCCGUCGUGAAAUCCGCAAAGAACUUAAGAUUAAGGAGGGGGCCGAGAAACUGCGUGAAGUCGCUACGGAUCGCCGUUCGCUAUCCGAUGUUGCAUCGAUUGUUAAGAAAAGCAACAACAAACUGGCCGAACUCAAGUCAGAACUGCACGAGUUGGAAAGCCAAAUAAUCCUCACUCAAGGGAAUAGUGUCAGCAAUAAUGGGGGCCAUGAUCCCAUUUUAUCCACAGUCAUACCGAGUGGACCACAAUUAACCGCUAACGAUAAACUACUCAUUUCACUCGAGAAGCAGCUUAGCAUUGAAACGAAGGUGAAAAACGGUGCCGAAAACAUGAUCCAAUCGAUCUCUGGUGGUCACCAUGGUCGCGAUAAGAAACUGUUAGCAGAGGCACAUCAAAUGUUGGCUGACUCGAAAGCAAAAAUAGAAUACCUGCGGCUAAAGAUCCUAAAAGUGCGUCAAAAUAAACUAAAUUGCAAAGUUUCGGAAGAAAAUGGCGGAGAAUCAACGACAGCGAUCAAACAACCUCAAGAACUUGAAACGUCACUGGAUGAUCGAAUUGAGGAGCUGCGUCAUCGACUUCGUAUCGAAGCGGCUGUCGUUGAUGGAGCGAAGAACGUUAUCCGUACGCUCCAAAGUACAAAGACGAUUGAUAAAAAGGCACUGCAAGAGGCUCAAGGUCGUCUAUCGGAUUCAUCUCGCAAACUAGACCUGCUGCGGAAGGCAUUAGAUCUACGGCGACUGGAACUUCCUCCCGAUUGUCCCACAGCACAACAGCUAAAAGCAGAACUUCAAAAUGUACAAGCAUCCAGCCCUGGUCCCGUGCAGUACACUAUGCGUAACUCCUUUCGGGGAAGUGCACAGGGUCGGCCAACGCAGAGUCAUCAAUCGUUUAUUCGGUGUGCCACCGUCACCGGUAAGCUGGAAGUACGUCUAAUGGGCUGCCAAGAUUUGUUGGAAGACGUGCCUGGUCGAUCGCGACGUGACAAGGAUGCUGGUUCAUCCAGUCCGGGUGAUCUAAAAAGUUUCGUCAAGGGUGUCACCAGCCGCAGUUCUUCGAAGAGCUACAGCGUCAAGGACGAAACGUCGUCAGACAUUAUGGCGGUGAUCAAGCUAGACAACAUCACCGUAGGGCAGACGUCCUGGCGCCCUUGUUCACAGCAGGCUUGGGAUCAGCGGUUCAGCAUCGACUUGGAUCGAUCGCGUGAACUGGAAAUUGGCGUGUAUUGGCGCGACUGGCGUUCACUAUGUGCGGUCAAAUUUUUACGCCUAGAAGAGUUUAUCGAUGACAUUCGGCACGGUAUGGCGUUACAGCUUGAACCGCAAGGUGUGCUGUUUGCCGAGAUCAAGUUCCUCAAUCCGAUGAUCUCCCGUAAACCAAAACUGCAACGUCAGCGCAUGAUCUUCAACAAGCAGCAGGUGAAGAACAUUCCUCGCGCCAAGCAGAUGAACAUCAACGUUGCCACCUGGGGUCGACUGCUGAAACGCAACACUUCGGGCAGUGCACCGACAACGUCAGUACCUGGUGCACUUACCAACACACCUUCGCUGGGAACGACGACAGCUAUUUCGCCCAUGUUAACAAGCCAGACGUCGGGAUCUUCAGUGACGACCCUUUCCACGUCGGGAUCGAUCGUAUUGUCGUACGAUCCAUUGCAGGACGAUCCUGUGGAAACAUUGGGGGAAUCGGCGGAUCAUAACGUCAUCGGCCUCGGUGGCGGUCGUCCACUCGGUAUCCACGGUGUCGGCGUAUUGCCAGAAAGUCCGUCGUCCCACUCUCUACAAAACCAGGGAACACCAACGGCGGGACGUCUUAUUCCUUCACAUCAGUCUAUCAGCACGCCAUCCAGCUUCCGACUGAAAAAGCAGCCGACACCAUUACCACGGCAAGCGACACCACCAAAAAUCGACCCCGAGUUGGAGUAUGCAUUAAGCAAAUUCGAUUUCCUUCACCAGCACGAUAGUCUUAUUGGUGUUAGUUUGUACGAUAACCAGCAGCAGCAGCAGCAGGAGCCGCCGGUACUAGCGAUAAAUAAUUAUGAUAGCAGCCAUACCACCCGUAAUGAUGUCGAUGACGACGAUGUGCCACCGUUGCCUUCGACUCCGCCGCCAGCGCUGCGUUCCGUCGGCGAAAGUCACCUGGCCGCGACACCAGUAAUAUUACAGAAGUCCCUGUCCGGUGAUUUGCUACGGCCAGUGUUGUCGAUGCCCCCACCGAUUCUUUAUGGUGGGUAUAAUCGCGACAGCUACUACAGCACCGUAUCGUCGACGGGUAGUCCGAUCGUGGAGGAACCGCCAUCACCUGCGUCAAAUCAUCAGCUUCAGCGUGCACCAUUCCCGGACGACGAUCUUAUAUUCGACAAUAUUAUUGAGAUCCUCCCGUUUGAACAGCUUACGAUCGGUGGGAAUCUGGUGCCACCACCACUGCCUCCCCAUCACCACCAACCAUCGGCAACGUUGGCAGCCCAGCAGGCAUCCCUUGCUGCCGCGGCCGCCCUUCAAGUUCAACAGCAACAACAAUUCUACCAACAACAGCAACUUUUGUUAAAGCAACAGCAACAACAGCAGCUACCGUCUGUAUCGUCUUCACUGUCGCAACAUGUUUGUCAAGCUUCGAGUUCUGCCGGUAUGGUAGACGUCGGCGGCGUUGGUGCGGUAGCAUCGGGCGCCGCAGGACCGCCAGUGAAUCGUCGCGCGGGUCCAGCAGCUCGUACCCUUCAGUACCGAGAUAGUGCAUACGAAAGUCGCCGACAGUCACAAGCACAGGUCGGCGCAGGUAUGUGCAUGGACAGCUUCCAGCUGCUGAGCGUACUCGGUCGUGGCCACUUUGGCAAAGUAAUACUUGCGCAGUAUAAAAAUACUGGUGAAUAUUUCGCCAUCAAGGCGCUGAAGAAGGGUGAUAUAAUUGCGCGCGACGAAGUGGAAUCGUUGUUGAGCGAGAAGCGCAUUUUCGAAGUCGCCAACACAAUGCGUCAUCCAUUCCUGGUGAACCUGUUCUCUUGCUUCCAGACAGAUCAACAUGUCUGCUUCGUGAUGGAGUAUGCGGCCGGUGGUGAUCUGAUGAUGCACAUUCACACAGACGUCUUCUCGGAACCGCGUGCCGUCUUCUAUGCGGCCUGCGUUGUGCUCGGUUUGCAGUAUCUGCACGAAAGUAAAAUUAUCUACCGUGAUCUCAAGCUUGACAAUCUUCUGCUGGAUACGGAAGGUUAUGUAAAGAUCGCGGAUUUUGGUCUCUGUAAAGAGGGUAUGGGAUUUGGAGAUCGCACUGGUACGUUUUGCGGGACGCCCGAAUUUCUGGCACCAGAAGUGCUCACCGAAACUUCCUAUACCCGGGCAGUCGAUUGGUGGGGCUUGGGUGUGCUGAUCUUCGAAAUGCUCGUUGGAGAGUCACCAUUUCCAGGCGAUGAUGAGGAGGAAGUGUUCGAUUCGAUUGUAAACGAUGAGGUUCGCUAUCCAAGGUUCUUGUCGCUGGAAGCAAUCGCGAUUAUGAGAAGGUUGCUGCGCAAGAAUCCAGAACGCCGACUCGGUUCAUCAGAGCGUGAUGCCGAAGAUGUUAAACGUCAAGCCUUCUUCCGUAACAUCGUCUGGGACGAUCUAUUGCUCAGAAAGGUGAAACCGCCGUUUGUGCCAACGGUUCGCUCACCGGAAGAUGUUUCCAACUUUGAUGAGGAGUUUACGUCCGAAAAGCCAGCCCUAACGCCGCCGAAAGAUCCACGUGCACUUACAGACAUCGAGCAAACUUACUUCAAGGACUUCACAUACAUGGCCGAUUGGUGUUGAAAACUGGGUAAGCUAACUAAGAGCCUAUCUAACUGGCGAAACAGGGGCAAAUCCCUUCGUCGUUUGGCAACUGUAUCGUUUGUUAAUAGUUUAUAGAUUAGAUGAAAACCGAAAACAGAUAUGAAUAAAGUAUAUCGGCUCAAGGUGUAUCUGUUUCUACGGGAUUAAAAGUAGAAUAAAGUACCACACAGGCAUUAGAAUUUGUGUGCAAAGGUCGGGACAGAGGAGAUCGCAGAACUGUGUGUGGUCUCUAACAGAGAAAAGGAUAAGGAUAUGCAACUAUGAGUGCGUGUGUGUAUGUGUGCCUUUAAUCUGAAAAAGAGAGUCACAAAUUGCUGUUUUAUGCUGUUAGGGCUAGAUAGUUAGGGAAUAAAAUAAAUUAACAAUUGCAAGCAAGUUUAACUGUAAGCAAGUAGCAGUAGUAUUGACACAACAGACGGACACAUCAACGGGAGAUCUCGUUCAGUAAGAUGAUGUCAAUCUUGGGAUAGCAGUGGUCAAUAGAAGAGAUCACUAAACAAAAUGGGAUGCAUUGUUUUGUUUACUAAUACUGACAUACACUGACUUAUUUUACAGCACGUAUAAAAUAAACGAUUCCACACGGAAGUUUUUGUUUCCAUGUUGUGCGAUAUCCUGAGGUUAACAUUUUUUAUCAUGUUCGCAGAGCAUUCAGUUCGAAUGGCACUCAUCGAAAUUUCGAAGUAGAGAGAAUGCGUUAAUAAUGAGGUAAAGGUAUAAGAAAUUUUCCCGAGCGAAGCUAGAAAUAACAUAUAAAUAGACUGAAAAAUGGCAUGCAAAAUCAUAUAUGUGAGUAACACAAUAUUUUACGAAGCAAUAGCAAAACAACACCCAAAACAAUAUCGCAAAGAGGGGAUAAAGCACUAAAAGAGAAUUUGCAAGCUAUUGCAACAUUGUUGCUAACAAACGAAGAUAGAUAGACGAAUUAGAGUUAUAUUUUCGCCUUUGUCAACGAGCCCUUGUUUUCGUUGCGCAAAAUCAAGCGUCAGUGCUGCGUGAAUUGUGCAACAAAUUUUUCAGGAAUAGCAAAAGGCUUAUACAAAAGGUAUAAAAAUAAAAAUAUGAAGGUACACAAAGGUACGCAAA